AUGGCCACCCCCAAACCGUUCCCGACGCUCGUACAGCUGGAGCAGCGGGAAGGGACACUAUUCCAGGUGCUCGGUAACCUCACCAAGCGUCCCCACUGGUUCCACAAUGAGUACCUGAAGACUCCGAAGACGGUUCACCUCGAGGCGUGCCUGGUGGAAGCGAUCUUCGGCCCGGGCGGAGAGCACAUCCCGCACGUCGAGUGUGUGUCGCAGACAUUGCUUCACGUUAAUCAGUGGGACCCCGAAGGCGAGGCUGAGAUCUUGGUAUUUGGUCGGCCUUCUUACCAGAGGGAUGUGUCCAAGAUGAUCAUGAACUUGGCUUACUAUCACCGCCAGCUCCGGGCGCAAAGCUCACAGAAGGACGCUGCCCUGGAGACCGGGACUCAGUGGUCUCCGGACGCUGUCGGGGAGGCCGAGACCAAGAUGCCCCCGGUCGCAGUCCAGGAGGCGGCCACCCAGCGCUCCCCCGACGCUGUCCGCGAGGCGGCCACCCAGCGCUCCCCCGACGCUGCUCGGGAGGCGGCCACCCAGCGGUCCCCCGACGCUGUCCGCGAGGCGGCCACCCAGCGGUCCCCCGACGCUGCCCGGGAGGCGGCCACCCAGCGGUCCCCCGACGCUGCCCGGGAGGCGGCCACCCAGCGGUCCCCCGACGCUGCCCGGGAGGCGGCCACCCAGCGGUCCCCCGACGCUGCCUGCGAGGCGGCCACCCAGCGCUCCCCCGACGCUGCUCGGGAGGCGGCCACCCAGCGGUCCCCCGACGCUGCCCGCGAGGCGGCCACCCAGCGGUCCCCCGUCGCUGCUCGGGAGGCGGCCACCCAGCGGUCCCCCGACGCUGCCCGCGAGGCGGCCACCCAGCGCUCCCCCGACGCUGCCCGCGAGGCGGCCACCCAGAGGUCCCCCGACGCUGCCCGCGAGGCGGCCACCCAGCGGUCCCCCAAUGCUAUCCGGGAGGUAGCCACCCAGAGCUCCCGCGACACUACCCUGGUACUGGUUCCCAGGAUAUGA